UACACAACAUUUCCUGCUUUUAAGACUUGGCGCAGGUUUUUGAGAAGUUUUAAUGAUAUAAAAAUUUCACUUUCUCACUUUCUUUUAUUCCGUAUUUUUUCUUUUAUUCCACAUUUUGCCGGAUUUGUUAGAUUUGUGCAGAUUUGAGCAGCGAGAUGAAGCUGAAAAGUAAUAAGAAGCCAGAAUUCCCCUGGUUCGGUCUGGAUAUUGGUGGCUCUCUGGUGAAGCUGGUGUACUUCGAGCCAAACGACAUGACGGAGGAGGAAGAAGAGGAGCUGGAGAGCUUACGGACGAUCUGCUCGUACCUCAGAGCCAACACGCUGUACAGGAAGUGCGCCGUGCAGGACAUUCAGCUGGAGCUACGUGACCUGUGCGUGUGCGGACGAGUCGGAACGCUGCACUUUAUCCGCUUCCAAACAGCCGACGUCACGCCGUUCCUCGCCGCCGUGCAAGAGAAAACGAUCGGCAAGCUCCAAGGGACGAUCUGCGCCACUGGGGGCGGGGCAUACAAGUUUGAGAACGACUUCAGGACGAUGGCGGGUGUGGAGUUAGCAAAGCUGGACGAGUUGGACUGCCUGAUCCGCGGGCUGCUCUAUUUGGACUCGGUUGGGUUUAACGGAAAACAAGAGUGUUAUUAUUUUGAGAACCCGACCGACACGCAGCGCUGCGUGAAGCGGCCAUGUUGUCUGGAGAACCCGUUCCCCAUGCUGCUGGUCAACAUCGGGUCGGGUGUCAGCGUCCUCGCCGUUUACUCCGAGAAGAAACACAAACGCAUCACCGGCACCAGUCUGGGUGGGGGAACGUUUCUGGGUCUGUGCUGUCUGUUGACCGGCUGUGAGACGUUUGAGGAAGCACUGGAGAUGGCGAGUAAAGGAGACGGAAACAACGUGGACAAACUGGUGAAGGAUAUUUACGGAGGAGAUUAUCAACGGUUCAGCCUCCAGGGGUCCACUGUCGCCUCCAGUUUUGGUCACAUGAUGAGUAAGGAGAAGAGGGACAGCAUCUCUAAAGAAGACCUGGCCAGAGCCACGCUGGUCACCAUCACCAACAACAUCGGCUCCAUCGCACGCAUGUGUGCCGUCAACGAGAAAAUCGACAGGGUGGUGUUUGUCGGGAAUUUCUUGCGGAUCAACACGCUGUCGAUGAAGCUGCUCGCCUACGCCAUGGACUUCUGGUCAAAAGGACAACUGAAGGCUCUUUUCCUAGAGCACGAGGGAUACUUCGGAGCAGUCGGAGCUUUCCUCGAGCUCGUAAAGUCGUCUGAGGAUUCCUGAGAAACGCCUCGCGUCUCCGCCUGAUGUUAACGUGUAAACUGUAAAUAACCUUUAAAGCUGUUAUUAUUGUAAGAUAAAGAUGUUUUUAUCACUAAUUCACUCUGAAGAGAGAUUUUUUUUUCAGCAGUGUUUUUGUAACAUGUAUAAAGUGUGGGUUUAUUCUGGAGGAAGAAAAAAAAUCAUGAUCAUUACGUGUCAGUGUGUCACUGAUAUUCUUACAAUUUACAACAAAAAAAUAUGCAAAUGAGAUUUUGUCUAAUUAACUACGCAAAAUGUUGCAUACUACAAAAAUAAUCUAGUUUUUUUGAUGCUAGAAUUAAUAUUUAUGUCACUGUGAAGAUUUUUCUUUAACAAUUCCGUUAUUGUUUAAUCAAGAAAACUUUAUAAAACUUUUAUAAAAAUACAUUUUGUCCUUUUUCAGUAUAAAAUCUAACAUUCCAGCGAUAAAUAAUCAACAUUUUCAGAAAUUCCUCUUUGAUUUAUUUCUAAUUAGGGAUAAGAAUGAACGCAUGCGUCUCAUCUACAAACUGAAAUUUUUGGUUAUGAAUGUUGAAAAAAAAAAAUCAGUAAACAAGGUUUUUAUGGAGAAGGAACGUGGCGUGAUGAUGAAGUGGGCGGAGCUUAACAUCUUCAAAAGUGCGAAUUCUAUUUAAUUUUUUUUUAUUCAUAAUGUUUUAAGAGAAAACAUGUUUAUAGAUUAAAUUCAUCCAGAAAUCUAAAAAAUUCAUCAUCUUUUGAAUUGCUUAACCUAGAUAUAAGAUAUCUACUGCGCAUCUUUACUUUUAUAAAUUAAAAUAUUUUAAAUCUGAAAUAUUUUAACCCUUUUAAGUCAAUUAAUGACUUUUUUUUUUAUAAUUUAAGAAAAUAUAAGAUGUAAAUCACCUCCAAAUCACUUGAACAUUACUGUAAAUUAACAUAAACUUCCGUAAGACUAUUUAUUGUUCUCAAUCUUUAUUUACUUUGUACAUAAAAUAAAAAAAAUAAAUAACAAAAGACUGAAUGUAAAAAAUGUUUUGGUGCCGGAUUCCACUGAUCAGCUUAGAUUUUUAAAAACUAAACUUUUUUGUUUUGUUUUGUUUUUGUGUUGUUUUUGGCAAGAUGAUUUUUUUUACCUCCUUGUCAUGCAACAAUUCUAAACUGUGUAAAUUUUUUUAUGUUAUGAAAUAAUAUUUUCUAAUAUUUUUGUCUUCAACAUUACAUAUUUUAGACCUGAAUGUUAAAAAACACGGACAUUUAAAGAUUAAUUUCUUUAAAAAAAAUUAUUUCAGGCAUAUUGUUUUAACCUUUUACUUCCAUUCAAGUUUUAUUAUAUGUAUAUAUAAUAUUUAUUAUAAGUAAUAUUUAGACAGAGUCCAAAUUCACAUAUCAUGUAAUUUUAAGAAAAAAAAAGAUAUAUAAAAGAAUGUGGAUAUGCAUAUAAAUUAUUUAUGCAUGAAAGAGUUAAAAAGUAUAAAUAAAGUCUGAAACUGAAGCUUGUACUGUGAACGCAGUGAUUUUUUUUUUCCAUUUAAAUGUAGCUUCAUUUCUGUACGUAUUUUUUUUUUUAAAAAAGAUAUGUGUUGUAUUUUCCAUGAAAAAAAUCAGAAAGGAAAUAAUUUUAUUUAAAUAAAUGUAAAUUUUUCUUUAUUUUUAUUUGUAAUGUAUGCAAGAUUGUAAAUGAUGAGGUUUUUACGUGGAAACUGGAGGAAUAAAAUGUCACUUUACUAAAAAUGUAAAAAAAAAAAAAAAAAAAUUGCAUGUCUGCUGUUCAUGUCUGUGUUUUAAAUAUUAUAAUAUUUUUUUUUUCAUCCUUCAUUUGGUGCUUUUUAUUGUUUUUAUAAUCACUGAUCUGUGAUAUUUGACUAAACAAUUAAAAAAAAAUUGUGUUGUAUUGGAAACAGUGGAUCUGAUUAUGUGUUGACUUUGGAAAAGAUAUUUAGAAGUAGAAAUAAAUGAUAAAAAUAUA